AUGAGAUUCCACUUCCGGAAAGUUGUGACGUAUGCACUUACUGGGUUUGGCCUGCUUUUGAUUGUAUUUAACGUGUACCAUCACGACCUUUGGGGACCGAUCUACCAGCACCAGGACCCGCCAUGGGGCCUCAGGAUAGGAAAGCGCCCUGUUCCGCGUGACGAUGGCAAAAGGUUCCAUUCUCAUAUAAAAGAUCGAGACAAGCUUUUCGGAAAAAAUUCGGCUGUAGAAAAAAUUAAUCAUGUUUUUAAACCCAAUAAAUCGUUAAACCACGAGGAACUAGGAAAUACAUUUGGUCGAACAAUAGAUGCACCGAGGGGCAUCUGGUUGGAGUGGGAUCAUUAUAGUGACGAUAGGAUAGUAGCGCAAAUGCGCCAUCGACCAAAAUCUUUGUUAGAAGCUGAAAAAGAAGAAGACGUGCCUUUGAAAACCAUAUUGCUUUAUCAUGGUGUUGGACACUGGAAUAUCCGGAGGGGCCAGGAACAGUUUAAACACCAGAAAUGUCCUGUAAACCGUUGUACCGUGACGGAUGAUCGGUCGCUAGGGCGCGAGGCUGACGCUGUUAUGUUACAUCACUCAGGCGCACGCCCAUGGACCAAACGUCCACCUCACCAAGUGUGGAUUCUUUACAUGUUGGAAUCGCCGUACCACACACCAGGCCUGCAGGCGGUCAAGGACGUAUUUAACUGGACUGCCACGUACCGACACGAUUCUACCAUUGUUGCGCCUUAUGAAAAAUUUGUGCCAUUUGACCCAGCAGUGCAGACUAUUCCACAGAAUAAGAGUUAUGCGAGUGGUAAAACCAAGAAAGUGGCAUGGUUUGUGUCGAACUGUGGAGGAAGGAACGGUCGGCGGGAGUAUGCCUCGGAGUUAUCCAAACAUAUUUCCGUGGAUAUUUAUGGGGCGUGCGGUCCCCUAAAAUGCCCACGUCACAAUUCCAAAAAGUGCUUUGAUAUGCUUGAUAAAGACUACAAAUUUUAUUUAGCUUUUGAAAAUUCCAACUGUCGUGACUACAUCACAGAAAAAUUCUUCGUCAAUGGCCUUCAACAUGACGUCAUCCCAAUUGUGAUGGGAGCGGCCCCGGAGGACUAUAGGCGAGCAGCACCCCCACACUCUUUCAUCCAUGUUGAUGAAUUCGAAUCUCCAAAAGCUUUAGCAGAGUAUUUACAUAAACUGGAUCAAGAUGACGACUUAUUUAAUGAGUACUUCAAGUGGAAGGGUACCGGAAGCUUUGUGAACACAUUUUUCUGGUGCCGUCUGUGCGCGAUGGUUCACGAGUCUCAGAAUAACCAGCCGAUGAUAUACAAGGAUUUAGAACGGUGGUGGCGGGGACCAGGGGUGUGCAUAGGACAAGAAAAAUGGAGGGAUCGUCCUCGGACGUCAAAAGUCAUUAUAGAUAAUUACUAG